AUGGAGACUGUUCCUUUGCGAGCACCCGGAAUACCACCUUCCAGGGGUACCCCACAGCGAAAGAAGCUGUUGCUGGUGGCUGAACUGGGUCCAAUGAAUGACUCCGCCGAGUUGGCCAUGCAAUGGCUUGACUUGGUCAUUUCUACUCAGCGCAGCACUCAUGUCGUGUUGAGAAUCAGAGCUAUCUUGGAGACUACUACGUUCCCAGUAGGCUUUGAGUUGACACUGUCCACCAUAGAGGAAUUCUUUGAUACCCUAACCACUGCAUUCCCUUCAGGCCAAUUGCAGGCUGUGGAUGACAUCCACGCCUGGGCAACAGGAAUAGACCUGGAGACUUUAUUGUCUCUGGGUCCUUCCAUAUCCUCUUCGUCGAUUGCUGGCCAAGUAUCGGACGGUAAUUUGAAGCUCAUUGAGUAUGAGGAUGACACUGCAGAUCUGUUGAGUGUCCCUCAAUCUCACUCAAUCACACCUGAGGACAAAGCCACAGAGUUUCUGAGCAUUCCUCGUCCCCAUACGAGUGCGCUCUAG